AUGAAAGGCUACUUGUACAGUCAAGAUGGUUCCUAUGCUUUUCCUCUCGGUCCUAAAGUAACGACAAUUGGACGAGAAAAUUGUGAUAUUAGCAUAAAUAGCACUAAUGUUGAUAAUCAACAUGCAUUAUUAGAAUAUGAUAAUGAACAACGUUGUUUCAUUUUAAAAGAUCUUAAUUCAUCAACAGGUACUUAUGUACAUGAAUGUCGUGUUCAAAAUGCCGCUGUUCGACUAGCUGAUGGAGAUUUUAUACGAUUUGGUUUUAAUGGUCUACCACUCGAAUUUCGAGUUGAUCAACAACAAGAAACAACAAUGCCACCAAUUUAUCAACGCCAUCAAACAUCGAAUUCUCUUCAUCUUAUUUCACAAAAUAUUCCAGCACGAAGAUCAACAAGUAGUACAAGCCAAUAUCCACAACAAAUUGAUGCACAACAAAAUCCUAGUUUUUCUCUUAGAACUCGUCCAUCAAGUGCAGGAAUAAAAAAAGUACCCAGUAUCAUAGCAACACCUAAUCAAAAUUCCAAUGGUAUUCGUGAUUCUGUUGUUCGUCAUAAUGCUUGGACAAUAACAACUACUUCAGAUCCUAAUAAAAGUAUAAUUAAUGGAAGUUUUAGUGGUGAAUUAGAUAUAGCAGGUCAAGAUAAUACUGAGAUAAUAAAUCGUGUUGAUCAACUUGAAAAAGAAGUUAAAGGACGUGGUGGUGAAAUUCGUGAAUUAACAAAUAAAAUUCGUACUUUAGAACCAUUAAGUACAGCAUUCACUCAAGAUGUUCAUACAUUAAAAACUGAAUUAGAUAAAGUAAAGAGAGAAAAAAAUGCAGCCUCAGGACUUAUUUCAAGUCUUCAACGUGAUUUACAUUCAAAAGAAUCAGAUUUAGCAAAAUUAAGUCGAGAAAUUGAGGGUAUUAAAACAGAUAGUCGUGAUAAAGAUGUUCGAUUACAAACACUUCAAUCCAAAUUCAAUCUUCUUCGAGAUCGUACUCGUGCAGAAGCAGAUCGAGCUAAUAAAGAAAGAGAACUUAAACUUCAAUCUGCUGAAAAAUUAAUUAAUGAAUUAAAUGAAAGUAUCAAUCGACUUAAAUCUCAAUUACAAGAUACAGAAAAACAAUUAUUAAAAGUUACACAAAAUGAACAAAAACUAAAACAAGAAUAUGAACAAACACGUGAACAACUAGCAGAAAUACAACGAAGUGAAACAACACUUAAAUCGGAUCUAGCUGAUACACAACGAAAACAUAAUCAAUCAUGUACAGAUAUUUGGCGUUGCUUUUCUGAUGAUGAAUACAAUGAAGAUCAACAUGAUAUUAUUGAACAAAUUCAACAACUUCGACAACAAUUAGAACAAUCUCGUAAUGAAAUUGAUAAUCAACGUAAUACACAGUCAUCAUCGAAUGAACAAUUUAAAGUUUCAUUUGGAAAACUUAUUGAUAUAUUUACAAAUGCAACACAAGAACAAACAACAGAAGAUGUUCUUUUAAGUGCUCGACAAGAAAUAACUGACUUUGAAGGAACUGACAAUGAUGAUGAUAGUCCUAUUGGAAUGUUUAAAAGAGCAGCCAUUAAUGCUAUUGAUAAUCAUGCUAAACUUAUCUCUGGAAUGAAUAAUUUACUUACUCAACAAAAUGAUCAUGAACAAAAUCUCUCAUCAAUUCGUAGUCAAUACGAAGAACUUGAACGUGAAAAACAAAACUUCUCACUUGAACAAACAUCACGUGAAGAAACAUUUCGUUCUGAAUUAGAACAAGCUAAUGCAGAAAAAGAUGCAUUUUGGCAACAACGUCUUAAUGAAGAAUGUGAUCGACUUCGUGAACAAAUGACUCAAUUGCAGAAAGAAUUUGAUGAACAAUCACAUUCAUCUUCUGAUCAACUCGAAAAAGUAACAGCAGAAAAUAGUGAAUAUCUUCAGAAAUGGAAUGAUCUUCAAACUGAAUCAACACAAAAAAUAGAUGAAUUAACAGCAAAAUUACAAGAAUAUGAACAACAACUAACUGAAAUAAAAGAACAACAAAAUGAAGUAGCUGAUAUUAAUGAAAGACAAAGGGAAGAAUUAAGUCAACUAGAAAAAGAAAAGAAUGAAACAAUUGAAGAUUUAAAUUCACAAAUUCAAGUUUAUAAAGAUCAAGUACGACAGUUUUCAAUAACAAUUGUACAAUUAGAAAAAGAUUUGGGAGAAGAACAAGAAAAACGUAUUAGAGUACAAACAGAUUUUGACAAUCAAAAUAAAAAUGCAAAUAGUCCAUCAACAUCACCACCGCCACCACCAGUUACUGAAACAAUUGUUCCUGUCGUUCCUGUUCUUACCGCACCAUUUGCUGAUCUCAGUCAUGAAUUAUUUGCGUAUAAAUCACGUGUACAAGAACAAGAACAAAUAAUAAUUUCAUUACGACGAGAUUUAGUUGGUAUGACAGCUCGUUUAUCUGAUGUUCAAGGUGAAUUAAGUGAGAAACAAAAACAAACAUUAGAAAAAAGUGAAGUAACAAUUCGUGAACAGAAUAAAGAAUUAAAUGAAACACGAUUAAAACUAUCAAAAUUAAGUGAUAUUGUUGAUAAACAAACAUCACAAAUUCAAACAUUACAAACAGAUUUAUCAAAAGCGAAAGUAUUAGUAGAUCAAUAUCAAUUAUUAGUUGAUCAACGUCAAACUGAUAUUGAUCGUUUAACAAAAACUCUUGAACAAAAUAAUAUAGUUGUUCAACAAGUUGAAAGAACGAAUCAAGAUGAAGGUCGAAUCACACAUGAACUAGUUGCCAUUGGUGCACAAUGUAAAGGUGAACGACAUGAAUUAACAAUUGGACGACAACGUGAAGCUUUAAAUGAAUUACGUGCAAGAAUUAAAUCUUUAGAACAAUUACGACCAGUUAAUCCAUCCUAUGAAAAAGUUUUACAACAAGUUGUUAUACUUAAACGUGAAUUAGCUGAAUUACGAGCACGACAAGCUUUACCAACUGAUAUUCCAUAUUUAACAGCAACAACACCGGGAGCAAAUUCUAUUCAUCAACAAUCUCAAAGACACUCAUCGACAACAAAUCAAUCAGAACAUGUAUUAGAAACACAGAAAGUUGUUGAAGAAAGAGCAGCACAUGCUGAAACGAUCAAUUCACUACAAUCUUGUGAUGAUUUACAUAAUUCAUUUGCUCGACGAUUGAUUCAAUUACUUGAUAUCGAUGAUGAUAGUCUUUCGAAUAUUGCUCCAUUAGCUUCUCUUCCCUCAACUGAUCGUUAUGUUGCUUUACAACAACGACAACGUACGACUGAAAUCUUAGUACAAAAAAUUGAAAUGUUACGCGAACGUUUAACACGAAAAGAAGAAUUAUUACGUGAUUAUGAAAAAGAUUUAGGCAAAUUACGCCAAGCUGAAAUUUUAUUACGUGAAAAAAAUGGUUUAUUACAAGAUCUUGAAAUGGAUAAACGAACAAAAGAUGAUGAAGCUUUAUUUCUUCGAAAUACUCUUCGAGAAACUCAAGAUACUUUAAACCAAGAAAAACGUCUUAAUUCAUCAGUUAAACUUGGCCGAAAUAUCGAUCAAGUUCAACCACCUGAAUUAAUUCGUCGUAGUGGUGGUUCAACAGUAACACUUCAUCAUCAUUGUCCACCAGAUACAUCAGGAAAAUUUCGAACAGUAAAACGUGAUAUGAAUCAAAAAAUUGCUCGAAAAGAUUAUGAAAUUAAAACAUUAAAACACGAAUUACAUGAAGCAUUAGAUACACUUUCCGAUCAAUCACAUAAAGUUAGACAACUUGAAUUACAAUCUAAAGAUGAUAAUAAUGGUACAAAUAUAUACACAUCGAAUAAUUCGUGA